UUCAUACUUCAAUAUCAACCUUAUUAGCUAGCUUCCUCAUUCACCCUUCUCUCUCUCUCUCUUAAUUUCUCUCUCAAAAACACAAGUGAAAGUAAUUGGCUAAUGGUUGGAAGGUCUAUUUUCCUAGCUAUAAUCCAACUCAACUUCCAUAUUCUGCAAAACUUUCACCUGAGUUUUGUGUUAUCCCAAACAACUUGAAAUAGGGUUUUCAUUCCCAAAGUCUCAGCAGAAUCAAGGGACCAUGGAACUUCCAAAUCAAGCACCGGAAGAAGGAUCCUCACAACAUCAGAAGAAGAUGGGGAGAGGCAAGAUUGAGAUCAAGAGGAUUGAAAACACUACCAACCGCCAAGUCACGUUCUGUAAGCGCCGCAACGGCUUGCUCAAGAAAGCUUAUGAGCUCUCCGUCCUCUGUGACGCCGAGGUGGCCCUCGUCGUCUUCUCCAGCCGCGGCCGCCUCUACGAGUACGCCAACAACAGCGUGGCAGGGACAACCAAUCAGAAUCUCGAGAAUAUUAAGUGUUAGAGGAACUAUCGAAAGGUAUAAGAAAGCAAGUGCUGCUUCCUCAAACACAGAAUCUGUAUCUGAAGCUAAUACACAGUUUUAUCAGCAAGAAUCAUCCAAAUUAAGAAGACAGAUUCGUGAUAUUCAAAAUCUAAAUAGGCACAUCCUUGGUGAAGCUCUUAGCUCUCUGAGCCUCAAGGAACUAAAGAACCUUGAGAGUAGAUUGGAGAAAGGUUUAAGCAGAGUUCGAUCUAGAAAGCAUGAAACAUUGUUUGCUGAUGUGGAGUUCAUGCAAAAGAGGGAAAUUGAGCUGCAAAACCAUAACAAUUAUCUGCGAGCUAAGAUAGCUGAACAUGAGAGAGCACAGCAGCAACAACAACAGGAACAAGAACAGCAAAAUUUGAUGCAUGGGAACAUGUGUGAAGAUCAGUCCACCAUAGCGUCACAAACAUAUGACAGGAAUUUCUUCCCAAUAAAUCUCUUAGAUUCCAAUAAUCAUCAAUAUUCACGCCAAGAUCACACUGCACUCCAGCUUGUCUGAUAAUAUGCUGGAAACUAAAGCCUCUGGAAAUUAUGCUAUAUGGUUUUCAUUUUAUCUAUCAUCUAUCUAAAUAAUUGCAAGUUGGUGCCUAUAAUGGAUACUCCAUACUCCAUACAUAUAUCCAAAGCUUCCUGAAUGAGUGCCACUUUAGAAUUUCCCUUUAAUUACUACUAUCAAAUUUUAAUUUCUUCUCGGAAAAACAACAAGCAUUCCGCACCUAUAUACUUAAUACAAUGUUUAUGUAUCUUCAAUAUAAAAGCUUGUCUUUAUUUUCAUCCCUA